UAUUCAUGGCAGAAGCUAUCUUGUCAAUACCUGACUGCUACUACAACAACCUCUACAAUCGGCAUCAGUCUCUCAAUAAGAAUAAUAAACCUCGAAGCACAUCCUCCUCCUCCUCCUCCUCCACUACCAGCAGAAUGUGGUCCGGAUUCAGCUUCAGCAACAGCACCUUCUCCUCGCCAUCAGGCUCCCCGUCGUCCUCUCUUCCUCCGCCGCCUCCUCCCUCGCCCAACGACUCUCUGCUGGACAUUGCUCCCCGCAAGAGUUCGUUCUCCAUGACCUCGGGCAGAAAUACCUCCUGUGCCUUUCCCUCCUGGCCCAACCGCUCCUCACUCUUCUCCGACUCAGACUCCUCCGCCAGCUCCUAUCUCUCAGACGAGGAUCUCUUCCCAACCUCGCCCUCGCCUAGCUCCGAAUCCGCCUUUGAAGAAGAUGCCGUUUCCUACCACCCAGUCUUUGCCGCCGGAGACCUGACCACAGAAGAGCAAAUCUCCCUGAUCAACGGGCGAGUAGAUGAAGAGGAGCGACGCCAGAGAUACCUUGCCAACGCCCACGCUCAGCUCCGCGCGCAACAAGCACAACGAGCAGCCCAGAUACUUGCUGCUGAGCAAUCAAGCGGCAAGAGGAGAAAGCGACGCGUUGUUGCGGACAAGAAGCGCAGGACAACAUCAUCAUCAUCAUCAUCGCCAUCACCGUCUUCGGCUUCGGCUUCCUCCAAACCGUCUUCUAGCUGAGUUUUAUUCUAAAAGUAUGUGACGUG